UUCAAGAUGGCGGAGAUGGACCAGCUGUUAGAUGAGAAGGGCAGUCUGUCAAAUACUUUGAAUGAGAAGCAAACAAAAGCUCACAACACGAGAGGACGACACACCCUGGUGUCCAUGGAAACGCUGACGCGGAGCUCCAAGAGAAGCAGACUGUUCAGGGAAGAGGAGGAGCAGCGCCUCCCAUCCAGAUCCCCUAGAAGGAGCCAAAGGGUCACUUCUGUGCCCCAGAAGUUUACUGCUGUGACAACGCCAGAUAAGAAAGUGUCUCAGAGAAUCCGUCAGCGAUUGAGAAACCUCCUCAAACUGCCUAAAGCACACAAAUGGUGCAUCUACGAGUGGUUUUACUCUAACAUAGACAGACCUUUAUUUGAAGGGGACAAUGACUUCUGCCUGUGUCUGAAAGAGUCCUUUCCUAACCUGAAGACCAGGAAGUUGAUCCGUGUGGAGUGGGGGACAAUCAGGAGACUGAUGGGAAAACCCAGACGGUGUUCGUCUGCAUUCUUUUCGGAGGAGCGGACUGCACUGAGACAGAAGAGGCAGAAGAUGCGUCUGCUGCAGCAGAGGAAGCUUGCCGACGUGUCACACUGCAAAGACCUCCCCGAUGACAUUCCCCUGCCGCUCGUCAUAGGAACCAAAGUCACUGCAUGUCUCAGGGGAGUCCAUGACGGCCUGUUCACUGGGCAGAUUGAUGCUGUGGAUACAGGCGCUGCCACUUACCGUGUGACCUUUGACCAGAAUAGGCUGGGCACACACACUGUGCCUGACUACGAAGUGUUGAGUAACGAGCCUAAUGAGACCAUGCCCAUCUCAGCCUUUGCCCAGAAACAGAGACCCUCCCGCUUCCAGAACUUCAUGACCCCACCUAGGGAAACGUACCCCUCUGCCACCACACCCGUCCUCAUGGACAAUGACCCCCUCAUCGGCCAGUCUCCAUGGAAAAGAAAACUCUCCGGAGCGGAAGGGGACACACUCGGCGGAUUCCCUGUCAAGUUCCUCGUUCAAGUGACGAGGCUUUCCAAGAUCCUUAUGAUCAAGAAGGAACACAUCAAGCACUUGAAAGAUAUGAACUCAGAGGCUGAAAAACUGAAGUCACACUCAAUGCCUAUAGGCCUGGAGUUCCAGAAGCGUUAUGCCACCACAGUACUGGAGCUGGAGCAGCUCAAUAAGGACCUGAACAAGGUGCUGCACGAGGUCCAGCAGUUCUGCUGCGAGCUGGCCCCAGAUCAGGGCAUGGCGCCUGCGGACCGGCCCACAGAGCUGCGUCAGCACUGUGAGGAAGAGGCCAAGGAGAUAGUGCAGCAGAGCAACUCCCUCCGCGACGACCAGCAGUGUGUUUCUAACCCCAGCCUCACACGCCUCAUCUCAGGCCUCACCGCCUUGUUGCUUCAGAUCAAGUGUCUGGCUGAGGGAGGAGACCUGAACUCCUUUGAAUUUAAAUCACUGACGGACUCUCUGAAUGACAUAAAGAGCUCAAUAGACCCCUCCAACCUCAGUUGCUUCCAGAACAACGUAGAGAUCCACGUAGCACACAUCCAGAGUGGCCUGAGUCAGCUGGGAAACCUCCAUGCCUUUGCAGCCAACAACACCAACACGGUCUGAAGCCGGCAUCAUUACCACACACAGAGAGCAGACUGGUCAGCACCAACUAAGUGGAACAUACACACACACCAUCUCGAAUGACUGAAAGAAAAGAUGUCCUUUGUGGAUCCCCUAACUUCCCUCCAAAAAAGGCCCCACUGAAAUGAUCUGGAUCAAUGUAUUUUUUAGGUUGUGGGGAAAUAUCCUGAUGUUUAUCAGUCUGUCAUCCACUUUUAUUGUGGAUGUCUUUGGAAAUUAUUUGCUUACUAUAAUGAAAACUGACAUUUUAAUGUCAAAUGUCCUGUUGUAGAUGAUUCUAUAGUCUCAUGGGCCAAACAGUACGUUAAGCAGUUUCUAUAAUAAUCCAUAUUUAUUUAUGUUUGAGUGACAUAACAAUAUUUACCAUUUGGCGCUUCCCUUUGAGUCAAUGUUUUGUGUUCCUUUACUCAACUGGUAGUAAGCACAGGGGAGGCUAAAGAAUGUUUUGUACAUUUUCUUUAUUGUAGAUGUAUGUAAAAUACCUUUAUGAUUACUAGGAUUUAUUGUCAACAUUUCUGUAACAUACUCAAAGAUGGCUUUUGUAAUUUUGUGUGCACUGAGAAGAGAUUUUUGUAAAAGGCGGUUUGACAGUCUCAAACAGGGCAUUGCUGUUGCUGAAAGCUCACAUCAGGCCUACAUCACUGACGUAACCGAAAUUCAAACACAAAACUGAGUCGGUAAAGUUUGUUACCAGAAUUUCUCCAUUUCACCAUUGGUUUUGUAAAUCUGUAUAUGGGAAUGCCCCAGGGCAAUUGUACAUAUUCCUUGCUGUCAUUUUGUAUUAAACAUAUAGCAAAGCAAACUGA